CAUGUCGACAACUUUGUAACAGCUAUAGCCCGUGAUGAGAAGGACAAAACAAAGCGGCGCAAGCUAGAGGCGCUGCGGCUGACAAGCGACGAGUGGGAGCGUGCGGAUCUGUUCACGCAGCUGCUCGCACAUGCUGAUGAACGCCAGCAUGCGUUUUCAUCUGAAACUCACCCGUGCCUGCAGUAUGCCAUUCCAGCUCUCGAAGGCUUGCACAAGGCAUGGUCCACACGUGCCGCAAAGGAUCGCUACUCUCACUUCUCCAAUGCACUGCAUGCGGGUGCAGACAAGAUUGUGGAGUACUACGACAAGAUGGGUGACUCGAAGGCUUACAUCAUCUCAAUGUAUCUCGCACCUGACGCCAAAGGUUCUCAUUUCGAGAAGCAUUGGGAUGUUGGCCUUCAGAAGGAGGCCGAAGCAUUAAUGGAACAAGUCUUUAGUGAACGCUACACGAAGCUUAACGCUGCUUCAAUGCAGUCAGCUGCAACGGCCACAUCUUCCAAGCCCGGCGCCUCUCUCAAGCCGCAGACGAGCAAGCGCGUUCUCUCGGACAACGAGUCAGAUGACGACGAGACGCAGCUAGGUUCGGACAGUACAAGUGCAAGCAAGCCAUGGUAUGCAGAGUAUCGUCGUUAUCUUCAGACAAGAGAAGAUAUCCCUCCGGGCGUCUCUCAUGUGCAGUGGUGGGGGCGGAAUGCAUACCGGUAUCCUACGUGGGCUUCGCUUGCGUUGGACUACCUUCCUAUAAUGGCAACGUCGGUCUCAAGUAGUGAUGGUGGCAUAACUAUCAGCAAACGCCGUAACUGUCUCAAGGGUGAUAUUGUCGAGGGCUUGCAAUGCCUCAAGUGCGCCAUCCAGCGUGACCUGCUGUUCAAAGAACAUGGCCCUUGUUCGGCGCAAGAAGAUGAGUCACUUUUGGAUGCGGCAGAUGACAGUGUUGACACUACUACCAAUGAUGGUGAGCUGGUAGAGGGUGACGAGUCGAAGGAAGGUGGUGAGCACUCAUGGGAUGAGAUAUUGGAGGACGACGACGACAUCUAUGAGAAUUUAUCUACUGAGUCACCUGCCACCACCACCGCCAGGCUCAGGGCCGGGCUUGUCCUCGUCUCAGGCCCUGGCCCUCCUAAGCCGAGCCCAAGCCCGGGCUUUGAGCCCAAGCCGGGCCCGCACAUCACUAGUAGCAACACCGGCAUACGUAUUGAAACGGUCACUUUUGUAUGUCCAAAUAUUGGUGACACUGGCAUAUCUUUGCUACUCGCCCAACUGGAAGCCGCGCUCACCGAGAUGAACAGCCCUCACGUUCCUGAGUUGUGGAUCGACUGUGAGACUGAGGAUGCCACGAUGGGCCUGAUUGGCGGCAUACUGGAGGAACGCAUCCUAGUGCAGCCUCGUAUGGGUCCAUCAAAGGUCACUGUAGUGAUCAAGCCGCCACGUGACACUUACUACAAUCUUACCGUUGGAGAGAUCCUCUCUGCACCGACAUGCAUCAGCCAGGACGACAAGACUAUCCCGCUUACAACCGCUCAGCGCACAAAAUGGGUGACGCGAUGGAGCUACAAAGGCAGGGACUACUACUUGCAGCAGCUGCAGGAUGCCGCUCGCGAGGCCGGGGCAACAAUAAGUACGAGCUCUUGGAUGGAACAAUGCGCUGUGCGGGGACCGGAGGACGGCGCAGCAGGACGGGUGCAGAGGAUUACAGAGGACGAGAACGAGGAGUGGGAAGACGAAGACGAAUCAAGCAGUGAUUCGGACUAG